AUGGCGGCGGCGGCGUGGCGCCGGUGUUUCGCACGGUUGGCGUCCGCCGCGUGCGCUAGGAAGACGGCGGCGUCCCAGAACGGCGUCGCCCGAAGAGCCGACGAACUUUACGCGAAAGUCGUCGAGUACGCGGCCGGUCGGCCGCUGUCUCCGAUCGACUGGGAGCGUUUCGAGCGGCAGCACAACCCGGACAUGCGGCCUCCGUUCCGCGGCCAGCUCAUGAGUUGCCUGGCCUCGAGGAGAGAGCACGAGAUGGCCCACUCGCUGCUUGAGUAUGCGGAAGGCGUCGCCGGCGGUGUGACGCGCACGAUGCUCGGCCACUACCUGGCGCUCUGCUCGACCGAACAGCGAGCGGACGCCUGUUUGCGCAGAAUCCUCGAGUCAAGGUAUAAUAUCACCGGCGGCCGACGCUUCCGCAUGCUUCUUUCAGAAGUGUCGUCGAAACUGUCGCGACUGUUUAAAGGAUAUCGCCUGUGUACGUUGACAUAUCUGUACACUUCGUUCGCCUUAGCUCGACGUGCGUGCUGCCGUGAGACUGAUCAAACGCGCUGUCAGACUCUUGAAGGGUUGUAUAAUAACGUUUUUGGAGACACGUGCCGUGUUCUGUUUACUGAAAUCAAAACAUUCACAAAUGCCUCUCCACACAAAAUUGGUGGCUUGCUGGACAGUCAAACACGAAAUCUGGUUGUGAGGUCUCUCUGCCAAACUCCUCUAUGGAAAAGAGCCAUGGAGCUCCUCGACGAGCCCGAGGCAGCUCCCGAACCAAUCAAUGCAGCGGCAGUCGCUUGCUUUCAGCACCACGACUUCUCUGCAGCAUGGGACUGUCUCGAGCGUCUGCGGCGCCGCAACAAGCCCCUUCGCAUCUUCCCUUCCACAAUGGAGGCUUGCCUUGAAGCUGCUCGCACGUUGGCACAGAGCGGCGACCAUCUCGACGAGGGACGUCAACUCGUCGACCAUCUCUUGGCGUACUUAGCCACUGGUAGCCAUGGUCCACUUCCCACAUCGCUAGCGCUGAAUGUGUCCAGCUUCUACAAGGACAGGGCCGGCCUCUGCAACCGGUGCAACCGCCAGCUCGAGAUGCACGGUCUCAGCGACACAGAGUGGGAGGAGCUGCGUCGAGGAGUCAUGGAACGGUGCCUGGUGGGUGACGACCCCUACCUGGGCAGCAACCCUCGAGAGCUGGCCAAGUUCCGGGACUUCUUGGAGCGCGCUCCUGCCUACAAUGUGGUCUUGGACGGACUCAACGUUGCACUCGCCAAGGGCAGUGCCAGCCAGAGGGACAGAGCUCAGCAGUUGCUGAAGGCAGUGCACCACUAUGCCGUUAAUGAGAAACGAACCGUGCUGCUAGUGGGACGCAAGCACAUGCUCCAGUGGCCUGCCGAAAUUAUGGACAGAGUUUGGAAGCACUGCCUCCGAUACCUGGCCAAUGACACGUCGCACGACGACCCAUUCGUGUUGUACGCAGCACUCCACGGUGGACCAGGCACACAGGUCGUGUCGCGCGACCUCAUGCGACAGCACCUGUCCCGUCUCAGCAAUCCGAGGCUUCAGGAGCUGUUCACCUCCUGGCAACAGACGCACCAGGUGGAAUGGAGGGGUGCACCUGCAUCCACGAUGGUGUCACACAAAGUGACAGUGCAGGGGAGCUCCACCGACGGAUGGCACAUUCCGCACGUGGAGGGGAAUGGCACAGUAGCAACUAUCGCUGAGGUGCAGUGGCUUUGCAUCUCUCCUGCCGCCGUCCUUCGAUCGUCCAAGUCGGGUUAGAACUCUCUGUAGGACUUCAGUGCGCAUAUCCUGCGAAGCGGCGCUGGUGUGGUUAUCGGAGCUAAUUAUAGC